AUGCAGGAUUUUUUUAAUUGCCAAGGCCAAAUACAUACUAACUUCACUCUCUUCCUUGGAAAAUCUAUCUCUCACAAAUCAGGCUCGGUACAUGAAGUUACAAGCAAGGAAAACUCUGUGUUGUCUUUGAACCACUCUCCUGCUUCAUCGAUUCACUCUGCACAAAAAAAGGACGUGGUAGAAGAAAAUAUCAAACACGACCCUUAUGUUUCACUAUCGUCGAGCUUCUCUCCCAAGCAAUCUGUAUACAAAUCAGACUCGGUCGAGGAAGAUACUACAAGUCAGAGUGAACACGACCCUUAUAUUUCAUUGUCUUCGAGCUUCUCUCCCAAUUACUCUGUAUACAAAUCAGACUCGGUCGAGGAAGAUACCACAAGUCAAAGUGAACACGACCCUUAUAUAUCCUCAUCUUUGAGCUCCUCUCCCAAUCAAUCUGUAUAUGAAUCUGACUUGGUAGAUGAAGAUACUACAAGUAAAAGUGGAGACGAUGAAGAUACUGCAAAUUCGAGUGAACAUGAAUCUUUUGCCUUGGGGUCUUCUGACUCCUAUCCUUCUUCAUCAAAUCGAUCGGUAUAUAAAUCGGGAUCGGUAGAUCAAGGCACCACCAGUGAACAUGACUCUGGCCCCUCAGUGUCUUCAAAAUACGAAUCAGACUCAGUCUAUCAGGAUAUUUCCAGUGAAGAGGGUUCAACACCAUCUUCAAUCUCAUCUUCUUUCUUCAAUUCGUCUCCUUCUGUAUCAAGCCAAUAUGUGUACCAAUCACGCUCGCUUCAUGCAAACUUCAACAGUGACCAGGAUCCUAUCUCUAUGGCCUCUUCAACGUCAUUUUAUUUAUCUUGA